AUGCUUAAAAAAUCAGAUGUAGACCACCUUCCAUUGGAAGAUGAAGAUGAGAACAAUGAUGAUGAACUUUGUGAUGAAAACACUGAAAGUUGUAUUUCUUCUAAAAAAUCAAUUAAAAAAAGAACACAAGCUAGAAUUAUUCGAAGCGUUUGGUUUAAUAAAGAAACUCAACCAGAAAAACAUUAUCGAGAGUUGAUCAUGCUCUUUACUCCAUGGAGGAAUGAACAGACAGAUUUAAUGAGAAAUUAUUCAUUUCAAGAACACUAUAUAGCUCGGUAUGAUGAGAUAAAUGAGCAAAUGAGACAAUAUGCCGUUUGUAGUGAAGAUUUGAAUGAAAUUCAACAUCAUUUACAGGAAAGUGAUGACGAUCUGUAUGACACAAUAGCACCAGUCACACAAGACACUGAACGUUGA